UAACAUAUAUAUUAUAUUCAAGUUACAAAAUUAUCCUUGUGAAACAAUUACAAACAUACUUUAUAUUUUGAAAAGCACUAUAGUAAUUCAAAAACCCAUCUUUCCAUUUAAACACUUCACCAUCAUAAUUUAACCGGAUCAUACCGUUGAUAAACGGGUCCCACAACUCUCCCCGAAUCACAUGCCACAUCAGUUACGACGUUAGUGCACCGUCAUCCUCUCUAGUACAACAACAAACAGAGACACACACCAACGAUUUUUUUCAAAUUAAAACACUUUCACUUUUUCAAACAUUUCUGUUUUUCUUUUUUCUAACUAACAAAAACCUCAACGGACACACACUCACUCACUCACAUUAAAAACCAAACAUUUAAUAUAACCCUCUUGUUGUUGUAACAUUUUGAAUGCUCAUUCAAUAAACUCACGAGAAUCUCACUCCUUCUCCUUCUUCAAUUCUUCACUUUCUGUUUCAGAUCUCAUCUCAUUCCACAAAUCUUCUUCUUUUUCUGCUUUUUCAAAUUACUAAUUAAUUACUAGUAUGCCUCAGGAUAAUAGCUUAUUAAACUCGAUUUUCGCUUCAACUUCGAAAAGGAUAUUGAAUUUGAAGAGUUCAGUUUUCAACAACAGUGAUCUGAAUGAUGAGAUCAAUGAUCAUGAAUUAGCUCAUAGGAAAGCAGAAGAAGCAGCGUUGAGGAGGAAUGAAGCAGCGGAAUGGCUUAGAGAAAUGGAUGAAGUGGCUUGUUUAACAUUGAGUAAACAACCUUCUGAGGAAGAGUUUUGUCGUGCUCUUCGGAAUGGGCUUAUUCUUUGUAAUGUUCUUAAUAGAGUUAAUCCGGGUGCUGUUCUUAAGGUGGUGGAUAAUCAUGUUCUUGAGGUUGAUUCUUUGGAGGGACAUGCACAUUCUGCUAUUCAGUAUUUUGAAAACAUGAAGAAUUUUCUUGAUGCUGUUGAGGAUAUGACUCUCUUGACAUUUGAAGCUUCUGAUUUGGAAAAGGGUGGUUCAUCAGGUAAAGUUGUGGACUGCAUUCUCUGUUUGAAAGGGUACUAUGAAUGGAAGCUAUCAGGUGGAGUUGGGGUUUGGAGGUAUGGAGGAACUGUCAGAAUUACUUCUCUCCCCAAAGGUGCUCCUUCUUCCAAUUUGGGAAGUGAAAGCACUGAUGUGUCCCUCGAGGAAUCUCAAUCCUUGGAGUAUCAACAGUUGCUUGAAUUUCUUCAUAUGUCUCCUGAGGUUUCAAUUGAAGAAACCAAAACUGCAAGUGCAUUGGCUUUCCUGUUUGAUCACUUUGGACUCAAACUUCUCCAGGCUUUCGUCAGAGAGACCGAUGAGGCUGAUGAUCUACCGCUCAAUGCAAUGGUAAUUGACACAUUUCUGAACAAGAUAGUAAAGGACUUCUCCGCAUUACUUGCUUCUCAAGGCACUCAGCUUGCAUUUUUCCUCAAGAAAAUAUUGAAAGGGGAUGAUGGUUGUUGUCUUUCCAAGAGAGAAUUCAUGGAAGCUAUCGCAUUAUAUCUUAAUCAAAGAAGUAGUUUGGCGUCGAAUGAUUUAUCUAAAUUCUGCACUUGUGGUGGAAAACGCUAUAAUAGUACUCAGCAUAAUGUCAAUUAUUCAGUCAAACAUGCUGAAAUAAUUGAUGCUCAGCAGAAACAACUCGAGGAAAUGAAAUACUUCUUGGAGGAGAUAAAGCAGGAGGUCAAACAGAUUCAACGUCAGUGGGACCAAGAACGGAUCCGGCUCGAGAAUCAUAUAAAGAGCCUUGAGGUGACAUCCUCUUCCUACCACAAAAUUUUAGAGGAGAAUCGCUCGCUUUAUAAUCAAGUACAAGACCUCAAAGGAGCCAUUAGGGUCUAUUGUAGAGUGAGACCCUUCUUACCGGGGCAACAAUCAAACGGACAAUCUACGGUUGAUUAUAUAGGAGAAGAUGGAAACAUAAUGAUUGUGAAUCCCCUUAAGCAAGGAAAAGAUGCGAGAAAGGUAUUUUCAUUCAACAAGGUGUUCGCAACAAAUGCCACACAAGAACAAAUAUACGUCGAUACUCAACCAUUGGUUAGAUCGGUUUUAGAUGGCUAUAAUGGAUGUAUCUUUGCAUAUGGACAGACUGGGUCCGGAAAGACCUACACGAUGAGUGGUCCAGAUCUGAUGACCGAAGAGACAUGGGGCGUAAACUAUAGGGCUUUGCGCGACUUAUUUCACAUAUCAAAGGAAAGGGCAGAAGCAAUAAAAUACGAAGUUAGCGUCCAAAUGAUUGAAAUAUACAAUGAACAAGUGAGAGAUUUGCUAGUCAGUGAUGGCUCUAACAGAAGAUAUCCUUCACAAUACCUUAUUUAUUGCAUUUGUUACAUCAAAUUCUUUACUUUCUUUUUGAUUUUAGAACAACAUUUACUUUUUGGCUUGUUCAUUUUCUUGACAAUAUAUACAUUAGAUAUACGAAACAACUCUCAGUUGAAUGGACUUAAUGUGCCUGAUGCAUGUUUGGUUCCGGUUAGUUGUACUCAAGAUGUUCUUGAUUUAAUGAAAAUUGGUCAAAAGAACCGUGCCGUGGGUGCUACUGCUCUAAAUGAACGAAGCAGUCGUUCUCAUAGUGUGUUGACAAUUCAUGUAAGAGGAAGAGACUUAGUUUCUAAUUCAGUUCUUAAGGGCUGUCUCCAUCUCGUGGAUUUGGCUGGAAGUGAGAGAGUGGAGAAAUCUGAGGCUGUUGGAGAGAGACUAAAAGAGGCACAACAUAUUAAUAAAUCUCUUUCUGCACUUGGCGACGUUAUCUCGGCUCUGGCGCAGAAGAGUCAACAUAUUCCUUACAGAAAUAGCAAGCUCACACAAGUUUUACAAGAUUCAUUAGGUGGUCAUGCAAAGACUUUGAUGUUUGUUCAUAUAAAUCCUGAAGUCAAUGCCUUUGGGGAGACAAUUAGCACAUUGAAGUUUGCUGAGAGGGUUGCAUCUAUUGAACUUGGAGCUGCUAAAUCUAAUAAAGAAACUGGUGAAAUCCGAGAGCUAAAGGAAGAGAUUUCAAAUAUCAAAUUGGCAUUGGAAAGGAAGGAAACUGAAAUGGAGCAAUUGAAAUCUGGAACUGCACGGAAUGCAACAGAAUCUCAGAAAUCAAGAGCUGUUUCACCUUUCCGUUUGCCCAAAUAUAGUACUAGUGGCAGCAUGAAGCCUGAAAUUAGUCAAAGAUCCAUUGAUGAUAGAAGCUCCGAGGCUAAAAAUUAUUCUUCGGGUAAGCAAAGAAGGUCGAGAUUUCCCUCAACAUUUAUGGACAAGGACUCCAUACCGAAAAUGUCUCUUCUUUCCGAAGAAAAGUCAGUUAGCUCAGGGAAGCACAAUAGAUCACCAUCACCUCCAAUCAGAAGAUCAAUUUCCACGGAUAGAGGUUCAGUCACUAAAAGCAAGAUCAAAACUGACAAUGUAGAAAACCAACCAAUUUUGAAGCAUCUAAUUCCAGCUAGAGUACCUGUAAACAAAUCUCUUGUCACAAUGACACAAUCUACAGAACAUAACAACAAAUCUCUUGUCACAAUGACACAAUCUACAGAACAUAACUCAAAUGUGUAUCUGCAUUCACAAGAGGCUGUGAAGCACGGCGGCAACAUUUCUGAACCUGUCUAUAAUCUUCAGAAAGUAAGCAUUAGGAAAGUUCAUCAAGAACAUGAAGAGGAACGGUUCAAACAACCAUUUGCAGUAGUAAAACAAAUUGGUGUUAGGAAAAGCAAAGCUGACAAUAAUAAGGUCAAGGCCAGACAUCUUCAACAAUCUCCCUUUAGGAUUCGGAAGACUGAUGAAAUCGUAGAGCCGCCUCGAAAGCGUGAUUACUCAGAGCCGGAAAAUGAUUUUAGCUUUAUGGAGUCUACAAUUAAUAGUGCAUCAAAUGUUCAAAAGAAACGUCACGACAUUUCAAGGAAUUCUCAGAAUCUUGAAUCAAGAUGUAUUAUGCAAGGAGCUGAACCAUUGUCUUCUAGUAAAGUUGAAAACAAACUUUUAAGUGGUCGCAAUUCAUCCAUGCAUGAACUUAAAAGAAGUCGAUCGACGCCACGAGGAAAGUUUUUUGUAUUAUAAUGAUGAGUUCAGUUUAUGUAUAGCGACUGUUUUUUAUGUGCAUGUUGAAUUGCCACUUAUAGCUUUGUAUAGAUCUCAAGGUCUUUGAGGUCUGUUUCUGUGAUCUUUAUCUGAUGUUGUGUUUUGUCAUGCUGCUUUGUAGUCACGAGGUGUUGUUCUAUAUAUAUAGGACACAAUUUUUUUAUGUUGCCUUAUAUUGUUCUUAUUCAAGGUUUACUUACUCCAUAUCUUCCUUGAUUUGAUUGUAUAAAUAACUGAUCAAUCAUGAACAAGUACAUAUGAUAAACAUGAUGGUUCAUGAUGAUGAGUAGAGGGUAAA